AUGGACGAGCCCAAAGACGGUAAAGAUACCGUCGUGCAACAGCACAACGGCGCCCACGAUGUCGAUGCCGGUGAAAUCGUGUCCGACAACCAUGGCCUGAAGCGACACUUGAGUAACCGCAAGGUGCAGAUGAUUGCUAUCGGUGGCUCGAUCGGUACCGCCAUGUUCGUCAGUAUCGGUGAAGCCCUGAACUACGGCGGGCCCGGCAGCUUGCUGAUCACCUACACUCUGUACGCCUGUGUGCUCGCCCUCGUAAACAACGCCAUGGCCGAGAUGGCCAUCUACAUGCCCGUCAACGCCUCCUUCAUCCGACAUGCCUCCGUCUGGGUCGACGAUGCCUGGGGCUUCAUGGCCGGCUGGAACUUUUUUUUCUACGAAGCCAUACUUAUUCCCUUUGAGAUCAGCGCCCUCAACCUGAUUUUGACUUUCUGGAGAGACGACAUCCCCGUUGCGGCCAUUUGCGUCGCAUGUAUUGUUGCUUAUGGAUUGAUCAAUGUAGCAGCCGUCAAAUGGUAUGGUGAGGCCGAAUUCUGGCUCUCGUGGGGAAAACUUCUCCUGAUGAUGAUUGUCUUCUCUUUCACUUUUGUUACUAUGGUUGGAGGCAACCCCCAGCAUGACCCGUACGGUUUCCGGUACUGGAGAACACCCGGUGCAUUCGCCGAAUACCUCGCGGGAGGCAGUAUGGGCAAAUGGGAAGGCUUUCUCGGCUCUCUCUGGAUGGCUAGUUUCGCCAUUGUCGGUCCCGAAUAUAUGGCUAUGGUAGCUGGAGAAGCCAAACUGCCCCGUGUCACGCUGAAACGGGCCUUCAAAUCCGUCUAUAUCCGUUUCGGCGUGUUUUUCAUCGGCGGUGCUCUUUGCGUUGGUAUCGUGGUUGCGUAUAAUGACCCGAACCUGCUGAAAGUGUUGGGCUCCAGUACCGGUGCUGCUUCGCCCUACGUGAUUGCAAUGCAAAAUAUGGGUGUGGCUGGACUGCCGCAUUUGGUUAAUGCGCUCCUCUUCACCUCGAUCUUCUCUGCCGGAAAUGCCUAUACUUAUUGCGCCUCGCGUACCCUGCAUGGGUUGGCCGCCCAAGGUCACGCUCCCAAGUUUUUGGCACAGUGCACGAAAGACGGUGUCCCGUUCUGGUGCUUGCUAAUCGUCAUGGCAUUCCCUUUCCUGUCAUUGCUGCAGCUCUCAGGAAGCGCUUACACUGCUCUCACCUGGCUUACAAACAUCGUCACUGCUGGCGGUAUGAUUGACUACAUCGUCAUGUGUGUUAACUACAUCUUCUUCUAUCGCGCCUGCAAGGCCCAGGGUGUCAACCGCCGAGAAUUCACCUACUACGGUUACUUCCAGCCAUACGGCACGGUAUUUGCUCUCUGCUUCGAGAUUUGCGUCCUCGUAUGCUACGGAUACGCCGUAUUCCGACCUGGCGGAUGGGACAUCAGCUCAUUCUUCACCCACUAUGCCAUGGUCUUCUUGGGCAUUCUUACUUUCUGCGGAUGGAAGAUUGUCAAGCGCACUAAGUUCGUCAAGCCCCACGAAGCUGAUCUCGUCUGGGCCCGACCAUCGCUCGAACACUACGAGUUGACCACGCUUGACCGCGACGUUGGAUUCUGGAAUGAGACCUUGUCUAUGCUUGGUAUUAAAAAGAAGAAGGCGGAUGCCGAGAUCCAAGAGUUUUAA